CACCGCGGCAACACGUUCUCGUGGGUGCUCCCGGGGAGAUUUUGUGCCGAACGAACAGCUGUUGCCCAUCGUUUCUUCUCGAUAUUUAUUUCAUAGCUUUCUAAAAAGAGCCAGAGUUACGCGGCAUCGAUGAAGGCUGAUCAUUCAUGAGAACGAUUAAAUCGUUUGAUUUCGGAUUUAUAUGUCCUGGACGGGCGCGAAACUGGCAUCAAGAUUUGUGAGUGAGAGGCGAACUCUCGAACGAGAAAAAGCUGGCGAGGCAGAUCGUGACAAGGGGAAAGAUUUCGGAGCUGCUGGAAUUGCUUGUGCUGCGCUGGGCCAGAAUGUCGUUCUUCAGGGGUUUGUGGAAGAGCAGUUCGAAGCACAAGAAACUAUGCGAGGAAUGGGCUUUGGCGAACAGCCGUGAGUGCGUGGAGGGUGGCGGUUCGACGAGCACGACGCACGGGGAGGAAUCUGAGGAUACGUCUGAGGCGAGGUUCACCCUCAAAUAUUUGGGCAGCACCCUUGUCGAAACGCCUUCGAGCGAGGAAGCCACUGCGGAAGCCAUCAAAACCGUUAUUACCAUGGCGAAAGCGAGCGGAAAAAAAUUGCAAAGAGUCUCUUUGGCUGUGAGCUUGAGAGGAAUUAGGAUGACGGAUUUGGCCACCGAGGAGGAUCAACUCCAGGUAUCGAUAUAUAGGAUCUCGUACUGCUCGGCGGACGCGACGCACGAUCACGUCUUUGCGUUCAUCGCGACGAAUCUCAACGAGACAAUGGAGUGCCAUGCAUUUCUUUGCCCGAAGAGAAAAAUGGCGCAGACAGUGACGCUAACUGUGGCGCAGGCCUUCAAUACGGCUUAUCAGGCGUGGCAAUUGUCGCAAUCCGAUCCCAGAAUCCAUCACGCACAGGAUAAAAGCUCUCCCUCGACAGGUGACAGGAUCGAUAACAAUGAAAAGAAGAGCACCAGUGAGACAAAGACUACAACUGGCAAGAUUAAUGAACAAAAUAAGCAAAACGGUCAACAGCGGCGCAACGACAGUCAGAAAAAUCUUUUAAUUGAUUUGUCAAACGAUCCCAAACCAGCGGGAAAUUCAUGGGUAUGCUUCGAGGAGGAUUCGGAUGUGAAAAAAAAUCAGAAGAAAAGCGCAGCGAGUAACAACAGUAUUCCUAUGACAACGCUUAGGCAUCACACGACGGCAUCCACAACCCCAGCUCAUCACGUGGUGCCCCGACCGAGCGCCGGUUUCAAAGUGCAAAAUGCCUGGGGCGAGUCCAGAUCGGUCGAUUUGAUGUGCUCGUAGCAGGCAAAAUAGCCAGCGGCCGACAGCUUCAGGGAUGUGCCGUUGAUCACAGGCCUCUGGAAACACCUCUCGGACAACGGCCGAUCCAAAAAGACCAACGGCAAUCAUUAAAAUCCUCGCCGAAUUAUCUCGGCAACUUCCGAUUGCGAGUUUAAAAUUCGAAAAGGUGACGAUCUUCGCCGAUUAUUCAUAUUUUUAUUGAACGCUGAAGAGAGACAGCGGGGAUGCCAACGCAAUGGUGUCUAUUUUUGUGUGAUCUUAAUGAGACUUAAGUCCGACGAAGUUUCUUGUAUUCGUUAGAGGGGAAAGAUUGCGGAUGAUUCCUAUUAACAUACGAAGACGUUGACAUACGAUAGUGAUUUCUUUUUGAAAGAGAAAAUCAACCGGCAGCAGAGAGAUCAUGGUAAUCAGGGUGGGAUCAAUUUCUAAUGAAUUUUGUAUAAUGCGUAAUAAUAUACAUAUAUCUGUGCCAAUUACUUUACAUACAUA